AUGCAGCGAUUGAUCAAAGUUGACGGAAAAGUCCGCACUGAUCCCCCUUUCCCCGCUGGUUUCAGGGAUGUGAUCAACAUUGAACGGACAAACGAGAACUUCCGCCUGAUCUACGAUACCAAGGGCCGAUUCUACAAACUGUGCCGCGUGAAGAAGCUGGGUGUCGGUCCCAAAGGUGUCCCGUUCUUGGUGACUGGUGAUGGCCGCACCAUCCGCUAUCCAGAUCCAUUGGUUAAGACCCACGAUACCAUCCAGUUAGAUAUCGCCAGCAGCAAGAUUGUCGACUUCAUUAAGUUCGAAGUUGGCAACUUGUGCAUGGUGAAUGGCGGUCACUACUUGGGUCGUGUCUGGCCUGUCGGCACCAUCACCAGCCGCGAACGACAUCCGGGAAGCUUCAAGCUUCGACAUUGUUCAUAUUAA